AUGAGAGAGCCUCGUGCCUCGAAGCGGAGGAAGGUCUCCGAAGAGCCGUCCUCCGACGAAGAUGGCGAUAUCAAAAUGGAGGACGACGACCAGGAUUUCUCGGCGCCCUCCUCUCCCGAUGCCGCAGAGGACGACGAAGACUCGGAUUUCGCACCGGCUCCGAAACGAACGCCCCGGCGUCGAUCGACGCGCGGUGGCAAUGGGCUUGUGGAGGAUGACUUGGACUUGGAUAUCGGUGACGCGACUCCUGGUAGAGCCGGCGGCGGCGCGCGGUCGACUGGGCGGCAGCGCAAAACACCCAAAAGGCUUGAGGAUGGUGUGACGACGCCAAGUCGCAGAGCGGCUGCUACGCCGAGGAGCGCGCGUGGGGCGAGAAGUGCACAGCGGCUCAGGAAGAGUCCAGAGGUGGACGAGGAUGACGUGGAUGUGGACUUUCAACCAGCAGCUAAAGGGUCACUUGCCAGGACCAGGUCACGGAGGAGUACGGCGAGAGGCGGAAUCAACGGCGAUGGCAACCGAUCACCUUCUCCCAACGAAUUUAACGAUGGUCUCGAUGACCUCGUUGCAAUGCAGCUCCAGCACGACCUGCAGCAAGACCAGCCAGAUGCGAUGGAACCUGUCGAUGUGGUUGAGCCGGUACCUGAAUAUGCCGCCAAGUUCCAGGCUCUGUGUCAGAAUGGCCUCCACGACGAAGUCCGCACACUCACGAGCGUCAUUCUUGAUAAACUGUCGGGCAAACGACAAGUCCCGGUGCAUGGCUUGGAAAAUGAGUACCAGAAAGUGCAUCAAUUGGUCGAGCAGACCGUCACUGCUGGCGAGGGUAAUUCGAUGUUACUUCUUGGGUCAAGAGGAUGCGGGAAGACCACAAUUGUCGAGACGACCCUCUCAUCCCUGAGAAAGCAGCACGGCAAUGACUUUCACGUCGUGCGUCUCAAUGGUUUCUUGCACACGGAUGACCGGCUGGCCUUGCGGGAGAUGUGGCGCCAGCUCGGUCGAGAGACCGACACCGAAGACGAUGUGGCCAAGGUCAGUUCCUAUGCCGACACGAUGGCAACCCUGCUGGCUCUCCUAUCACACCCCGAAGACAUUUUCGGGCCUUCUGGAGAGGGAGGAGCUGUGACUGCCGCCAAGUCUGUGGUGAUUAUUUUAGAUGAAUUCGAUUUGUUCGUGACCCAUCCACGACAGACCCUGCUGUACAAUCUGUUCGAUAUCGCCCAGGCCCGCAAAGCCCCGGUUGCUGUGCUCGGACUGACCACCAAGGUGGAUGUGACUGAGAUGUUGGAGAAGCGAGUUAAAAGUCGCUUCAGCCAUCGAUAUGUGUACAUCCCGCUUCCCAGAUCGUUCGAGACUUUCUCGGAUGUCUGUCUGGCAGGUCUGGACCUUGAUGACAGUGAGUGUGAGCAUAUUGCCCAGUCGCGGGGAUGGGAGACACUACUCGAGGGCUGGAAGGCAUAUCUCAAGGAUCUAUGGGAGGACAACAACUUCCAAAUGCAUCUGAAACGGAUCUUCUACCAAACCAAAUCCGUCAAGGAGUUCUUCACCAGCGCCCUCCUCCCCAUCAGCGCUCUCCACCACAGCACCUACGCAGACGAAUACGAGAUCCCCACACCUCAAGCCUUCGCAUCCGAGCCUCUAUCAUGUCCCGACCCGGCUCCGCUCCCCUUCUCCACAUCCAUCACAACCAAGUCCAGCCCCUCCUCGCUCCCUCUGGCCCUAGUGCUAGCAGCAACGCGCCUAUCAGCGAUCUUCGACCCAGGCCGCGAAGGAGCACAGAGUCUGGCACUUUCGUUUCCCGCCGCUUACGCGGAGUACGUGCGGUUGCUUACCACAGCCAAAACGUCCGCUUCGGUGUCUGGCGCUGCUGCGACACCUGGUCGGGUCUGGGGGAGGGAUGUGGCCCGAGAGGCGUGGGAGAAGCUCGUCCGGUGGGGUCUUGUCACACCGACUGGAUCAGGGAAUGGCACGGCGGAUGGUCAGAUGUUCCGAGUGGAAAUUAGCUUUGAGGAGGUGGUUGAAAUGGCGGGUAAGGGUGGCGCACUCGGUCAGUGGUGGCGAGAUGGUUGA